AUGGGCAAUAGGGGCAGCAGGGCUUUCAAUGAAAGUGAUUUAAGGAUUGCCGCUGCUACUACUUUAUUAUACAUCUCCUUAGGAAGAUCUACGACGGACUCGACUUCUGGGUCGACAUCGACUGGAAGCAUUGGUUUUCUGAAGCGGGGUAUCGGGAUUGUGCUGGUGGCGGCUGCCGCAGCCUCUGCAGCUUCUGCCAUAGCCAGGGCUAUAUCUUUGCCGUUCAUCAAAAUCUUCAGUUUUAUGGGUAGGGCUUUAAGGGUUUUGGGGGGUUUCAGGGUUGUGGUGGCGUCUUCUACAAUGGCCGUGUUAAGGCUGAGGAGGGAGCGGAGGACCAGUAGAUUAAGGAUGGAGCAGAGGAUCAGCAAGCUGAGGAGGGAGCGGAGUGGAGGGAGGGACAGAGGCUGCAGAGUCGGAAGGAGAAGCCAUGAAAGUACAGAGAACGAAGAAAUCAAUUACGGCAGCAGGGGUAGCAAGGCUUUUAAUGAAAUCAACAACAUCACAUGCCUCCUCAACCAGUAA